AUGGCUGACGACAUCAACCCUGAUGAGAUUUUUAAGACUGUGACACGCCCCUAUCACACCUCUCACAGGAAAUAUAUGAAAUGGAUGCGGCUUGACUACAACCCCUCAGCUUCACCUGACAUCUUCGUCAGAGAUUGGAGAAAUGCCCUUACAGAGGUGCAGUUGGCAUUUGGGUUCUCUUCACUAUCAGAGAUCUUCAUCUUCAACCAGUUCCUUGCUGCCGUCGCUGCCAAUUCCGCAACUAGGGAGUGGAUCGACUCCCUCAUUGUCCCCAUGAACAAGCCUCCUGCCGAUACUGUCAUGGAGGAUACAUACCGCGAUUUCCUCCAAUUCGAGGCCCGCCGACUCCAUCAUCUUCGGUCGAUAUAG